AAAAUUACAGUUAUGAAGUAGCAACGAAAUUAUUUAAUUUUAUGGUUGGGUCACAACAUGAGGAACUGUAUUAAAGGGUCGCGGCAUUAGGAAGGUUGAGAACCACUGAUUGCCUAAGGUCCUCAUCUGAGCUCACGGGACUAAUAUGCUGUGACUUCAAGUCCUCCCCUUUCCACCUCCUCGGAUUCCUCUAAUUUGUACCUCAAGUCCCUUGGGCGUCUUCACAGGCGCAGGCAUCCCCUGCACACCCCUGUCUUACUCCUUUGCCCCCCACCCCCUUCCUGUAUACAAUUGGGCCUAGAUAUCUGGGGCUGAAUGAGGACAUAGUCCAAAAAGCAGGUCCAGAUGAGUAAAUAUAUAAAGCAGAACGCUUAGGUAUAUAUUUAGUAUUUUUAAAAGUUAACAAAUACUGUUUACUAGAAGAAAAAAAAAAAAUUGCGAUCCAGCCUGUCCCGACAGUUCAUGAUAUGUGGGGGCUGUACCCAUGUAUACGGCUCCAUUUUAUAUUUCCCUGCUCCGUUUUUUCCUGAUGUGUCCUGCUCCCCGCUCAUUUCUGUCAUCUCCGUCAGGCCUUUCCCACAUGCACUUCACAGCAGCCCCUCAUAUUGACUCCCUCAAUCCCCGUGUGUCAUGUUUCUCCCUUCACACACACCCCUUGAAACCCUCUCUUCACACCUGCUCCUUUGCAUACCCCACAUAAUGUACUCUCCACGUGCUGUUUUCCCGUACUGCCUCCCACAUCUCUUAGUGCAAUAUCCUGGCCCUUCUGCUGGUCCUCACUUGGUGGCUCCAUUACUCCUGCUCUUUUGGGGCCCCCUGUAUACUCCUCGGAACUCCUCAACAUGUGAUGCAAUACCUGCUAAAUAAACCAAUGAACAGCUCCUCUGGGCACUGGAGUACUAUGCAGCAGAUAAAAAGAAUGAGGGACAACAAAGAAGAAGAGUUAAUCGAAAAAUUGGAGGUGGUCACCGUGCCUUCCCCAUCACCAAAAGGACUGCCAGUGAAGCAGUAUGCUGUCCAGUCGCAGCUGCCCGUGUACGAGUGGCCAGAUGUUGGAUCUGGAGAAUAUGAUGUUGGAGUGGUCGCUUCAUUUGGCCGACUUUUGAGUGAGGCUCUUAUUCUUAAGUUUCCCUAUGGCAUAUUGAAUGUCCACCCCAGUUGCCUCCCAAGGUGGCGUGGUCCAGCCCCUAUAAUCCAUACUGUGCUUCAAGGAGACACAAUUACUGGAGUAACAAUUAUGCAAAUCAGGCCUAAAAGAUUUGAUGUAGGUCCAAUUCUCAAACAGGAAACCAUUCCUGUGCCCCCCAAGAGCACUGCAAAGGAAUUGGAAGUUGUGCUGUCAAGACUGGGUGCCAACAUGCUUAUUUCAGUUUUGAAAAAUUUGCCUGAAAGUUUGAAGAAUGGAAGGCAGCAGCCAACUGAGGGGGUGACACAUGCCCCUAAGAUUUCUGCUCGUACCAGCUGUAUAAAAUGGGAGGAACAAACUUCAGAGGAAAUAUUCAGACUUCAUCGUGCCAUUGGAAGUAUAAUUCCGUUACAGACACUCUGGAUGGAUAACACCAUUAAACUUCUGGAUUUGGUAGAAGUUAAUCGUUCAGUCCUCACUGAUCCAAAAUUAACAGGACAGGCUGUUAUUCCAGGAUCCAUAAUAUACCACAAACAGUCACAAAAACUUCUGGUUUGUUGCAAGGAUGGCUGGAUUGGUGUUCGGUCAGUGAUGCUCAAGAAAACACUAACAGCUGCUGAUUUCUACAAUGGAUAUUUGCACCCCUGGCACAAGAAAAACUCCCAAGCUCAUCCAAGUCAAUGCAGAUUUCAGACUCUCAGACUUCCAGCAAAGAAGCGGGGGGAAAAAAUUGUUGCUAUGCAACAGUGCACUAAGUAGUUUAGAAAGAAGAUAGAUAAGACCUAUUACAUAUUUGUAAUUUAUUAAAAGCCUUAUUCAUAAGGUAUUACUUUGAUUUUCAAGGAAUAUGACACUGUUGGAGAAGAGAAGAUUAUCCAAAAGAUUAAUUACCUCACUUCCUGCUUUUUGUUUAACAAUAGUUAAAAACUUUUCUAGCCUGGGCAAUGUGGCUCAGUGAUUGAGCCAAGUGGUCAUGGUUCAAUUCCUGGUCAGGGCAUAUGCCCGGGUUGUGGGCUUGAUGCCCAGUGUGGGGCAUGCAGGAGGCAGCUGAUCAAUGAUUCUCUCUCAUCAUUGAUGUUUCUAUCUCUCUCCCUCUCUGAAAUCAAUUUAAAAAAAACAAACCACACAACUUUUCUACUUGAAUAACAAAAGAAACUUUAAAUAAAAAUUUUAUUUAUGUCAAAGUCAAGGAGAUUUUAUAUUUCCCUAAGAGCAAGUGCAACUAACUGAUAAUGCAUAUGUAUACUGAAGAGGUUCUUUAAAAGCAUCUAUUACAUUUUUAAAAUUUACGUACUCUGACUAGGUUUUCAUGCAGGAGUAAUCUGCAUUUCUGAUUUUCAGCAAGUAGUAAAGUCAUUUAAAUUCCUCUACUAUCUAGUUCCCAUCAAGUAGUAAACAGACAAUGGUAAUCUGUCACAUUGAGCUUUACUGUAAAUUCACAUUUUACAUCUAGGUUUUCUUGAAGUAGGAAUAUUCUAACACUUUUCAAUGUAUUUACACAAUAAAAGUUAUUGAGCAUCUGGUC